GCAACCGUUAUUCUAGAUGCAAAUGAGACCCUGUGUUUCUCCAAGAGAGCUGCUGCUGAAUUGUGCUUACUAAAAGUUUUAGGGGUAAAAUACAAUAAUCCAUUCAUUCCAACUGGGUUCCUGAGAGGAGACCCAGAGCCCCAGUUCCCAAACCAGUGAUUGUGUUUUAAUUGACUAUUUGGCCACACAGCCUCUGGUUCCUAUUCACACCGACAGAGCCAUUCAUCAGUUGUUGAUUAGGUGUCUCCUACCUCUAUAGUGAAUGACUUAGAGUCUAACUUGCAGUUAUUACCUUGCUGCUGAUACAGCUAACAGAAACACUGUGUGUUUAGAAUAACUGCUGGUUGUUGGUAUAAACUGAAGUUUAAAACUACUGUGCAUUUCCUGUUUCAAAUUUGUAGUGAAUAGCUGCUCUCAGCCUCCAUUAAAGAGCUUCUUUCAGCAAGAACCAAUUACAAAUUCUGACUCAAUUACAGUUUAACAUGUAUUUAUUUUAAUCAUAGUUUUUAAUUCCAUGCAAGUGUCUUAACUUGUCUUAUAUUUGGUAUAGUUUGGUAUACAUUUGGUAUUUUGGUGUAGUAUGAUGCUUUUAAUACCUGCCUAUUAAAAUACCUAUUUUGUCAACGAGGAUGUGAUAUGCAACUGCAAAUAAAGCAUCACACACUUUGGGAAAAACAUAUUGCUGUAGUUAUUAAGGAUAACUAAUGAUUUUUCUGAGAGAGGAACAUUGAUUUCAAUUUAAAAAGCGCUCCUUUUUAACCUUAUUAUUGGAUCAAGCUCCCAGACCAAACCCUUUACUGUACAUUUACAGCAGCCUCUUUACCACCAGGUGUCAGUAGCCUACUUGCCUUGCUGCUCUAAUGUGUUGUGUGCUGGAAAUGCAGACAAUAGAUGUGCAUAGAUUCCCAGUAUUUUUUAUUAGCUGAGGAGAAAAUUAGCUAAAAAUAGAGUAUGCCAUAGCCCAUAAAUUACAGGACUAGAGCUGCAUGCAAACUUACUCCUAUCCCAUUUCUUUCUGCAUCAUUCUUUGAAAAACCUUGCUUCUUUCCAACAGUGCUCUUGAAACCAUUUAAUUGUGCUGUUGUUUUUCUAACAGAUAUAACUGACAACAAGACCCUGAAAAGAAAUAUAAACUGAAUGGAUGCCCUAUUUUUUUUUCUUUCUUUCUUUUUAGAGCAAAGGAGGCGGAGGGAGAUGCACAGGAGAGGCAGAGAUGGAGGCGGUGCUAUGUGUCCUCCAGUCAUCCUCAGCUCUCCUUCUCCUCAGUAAUAUGCAGCAUUUGAACGGAGACACACCGGAGAAGACGAGUAACCGGCCAGAAACGACUUUACAAUAAAUAUGAGGAGUAAACCGACGAUUUUAAAACCAGGACCUUAAACAUCUGGAUUUUCUUUACACUUGAUAUUUUCUUUAAUUUCGUCGCACCGGAGGAAUAUUUCCCCGUUAAUGUCUUGUGAGCUGGAUCUUUUUUUUCCCUUAUUUUUUUGCUAGUAACGGUCCGUUUUUUUUUCAGAGUGAGCUGCUAGCAUAAAACCACACCUGGCACAGGUCUCAUGCAGUCUGCUUAUUUCUGUAGAUAGAUAACUAAGUCAGGACGCUUAAUUAGAGGCUUCAUUUUAAGCUCUAAGGCUUUUUUAAAACAAACAAACAAAAAAAUGUGAUUUCUUACCGUUUCCAUGAAGUAGCCAAAACCAGCCGUUGGCAGUUGAAGAUUGUGGAUUAACGUUUUUUUUUCCUUCUUCUUCUUCUUCUCCUGACGUUUUUCAGCGGCCGUUAGCCAAAAUGAGCGUCGAUUUAAUUGAAUCAACCACAUGAGUGGAGUCUAAACAAAACGCCAUACUGUAUUUCUCCCAAGGAGUGCACAUUUUUCUUCUCCAUAUUUGCUGAAAUAAACGGCGCCAGUUGCUCUGGAAAAUAUGGAAAGCGAGGUUUUCACCCCUUUACUGGAGCAGUUUAUGCUCACGCCUCUGGUCUGCUGGGUAAAGACAGUCGGGCAGCCGACUGUGACCGAUGGCACCACAUUAUCGGAAUAUAUUGAAUUAGUGGAUGGGAUUUACCUGAACGAGAUCAUGCUUGAGAUAAAUCCCAAGGCCACGGUGCAGAGGACCAAUAAGAAAGUGAACAAUGAUCCCACACUGCGCAUACAGAACCUUUCAAUUCUCAUCAGGCAGAUUAAAGCCUACUACCAGGAGACUCUCCAGCAGCUGGUCAUGAUGCCUUUACCAAACGUGUUGGUUCUGGGCCGAAACCCUCUCUCUGAGCAAGGUCUGGAUGAGAUGAAGAAACUAUUACUGCUACUGCUAGGCUGUGCUGUUCAGUGUGAGAAGAAGGAAGAGUACAUUGAGCGUAUCCAGACUCUGGACUUUGACACCAAAGCUGCAAUAGCAUCCCACAUCCAAGAGGUGACUCAUAACCAGGAGAACGUAGUGGACAUGCAGUGGUUGGAAAGUGGAGAAAUGCCUCCUGAGGACCUGGACAGCCUCUCCAGGAACCUGGCUUUUCACCUCAAACGCCUGGUGGAUGAGAGAGACACGCAGCUGGAGACUAUAGUGGAGUUAACCCAGGAGAGAGACUGUGUGCAGCUGUCUCCAAUGGCUCCUUGUCCAGCCCAGUCUCCCAAUGACUCCCCCAGCAUGAGGAGGACCGAAAGUCGGCAGCACCUCUCCGUGGAGUUGGCUGAUGCCAAGGCCAAGAUCAGACGCCUUCGGCAAGAAUUAGAGGAGAAGAGUGAGCAUCUUUUGGACACCAGGCAGGAGCUUGAGAACAUGGAGGUGGAGCUCAAGAGGCUUCAGCAAGAGAGCUACCAGCUGCUGUCAGAUGCUCGGUCAGCUCGGGCUUACCGUGAUGAGCUGGAUGCUCUCAGAGAGAAAGCGAUCCGGGUCGACAAACUGGAGAGCGAGCUGAGCCGAUACAAGGACAGACUUCAUGACAUCGAGUUUUACAAGGCCAGAGUCGAGGAGCUGAAGGAGGACAACCAGGUCCUGCUGGAGACUAAGUCCAUGCUGGAGGAGCAGCUGGAUGCGAGCAGGACCCGAUCUGACAAACUGCACCUCCUGGAGAAGGAGAAUCUGCAGCUCAAAUCCAAGAUGCAUGACCUGGAGAUGGAGCGGGACAUGGACCGUAAGCGUAUGGAGGAACUGUUGGAGGAAAACCUUGUGCUUGAGAUGGCCCAGAAACAGAGCAUGGAUGAGUCCCUGCACUUGGGCUGGGAACUGGAACAACUAUCCAAGACACCAGACCUGACUGAAGUCCCUCAGAAGUCUCUGGGCGAGGAGGUGAACGAGCUGACCUCCAGCCGCCUGUUGAAGUUGGAGAAAGACAACCAGACCUUGCUGAAGACAGUGGAGGAGCUCAGAGGAGCAGCCAGUCAGGACACUGCGGCGAAACUGAGCAAAGCCAGUCAGGAAAACCAGAGACUGAACAAGAAAUUGGGGCAGCUGGAGAGUGAACUGACAGCAGACAGAGAGUCACUCCGCAGCGCUGAGUCUCUCAGUACUGACCUGAUGAAAGAGAAAGCUUUACUGGAGAAGACUCUGGAAACACUCAGAGAAAACUCUGAGAGACAGCUGAAGGGUCUGGAGCAGGAGAACAAGCACCUCGGUCAGACGGUGUCGUCUCUGCGUCAGCGCUGCCAGGUGGGUGCCGAGGCCCGGGUCAAAGAUGUGGAGAAAGAGAAUCGCGUUCUCCAUGAAUCCAUCUGCGAGACAACCGCCAAACUUAAUAAGAUGGAGUUUGAAAGGAAACAAUUACGUAAGGAGCUUGAGGUGAUGAAGGAGAAAGGUGAGAGAGCAGAGGAGUUGGAGAUUCUGAUGCAGAAGCUGGAAAGGGACAACGAGAGCCUGCAGAAGAGAGUUGCCAGUCUAGGAAUCACCUGUGAAAAGGUGUCUUCGUUAGAGAAGGAGAACACCGAACUAGAAGCAGAGGGCCGUCGUCUGAAGAAGAAGCUAGACAGUCUAAAGAACAUGGCCUUCCAGCUGGAGGCUCUGGAGAAGGAGAAUUCCCAACUGGAGCAGGAGAACCUGGACCUCCGCCGCUCGGCUGAGAGUCUCCGGUCAGCUGGGGCCAAGGCCAUUCAGCUGGAAGCUGAGAACAGGGAGCUGGAGAGUGAAAGGAGCCAGCUGAAGCGCAGCCUGGAGCUCCUCAAGGCCUCCUCCAAGAAAACUGAGAGAUUAGAGGUGAGUUACCAGGGCCUAGAUACAGAGAACCAGCGCUUGCAGAAGGCUUUAGAGAACAGCAGCAAGAAGAUCCAGCAGUUGGAGGCAGAGCUGCAAGAGGUGGAGGCUGAAAAUCAAACCCUCCAACGCAACCUGGAGGAGCUCAAGAUCUCCAGCAAACGCCUGGAACAGCUGGAGCAGGAGAACAAGACUUUGGAGCAGGAAAGCUCCCAGCUGGAAAAAGACAAGAAGCUUCUGGAGAAGGAGAACAAGCGUCUGAGGCAGCAGGCCGAGAUCCGCGACUCCAAGCUGGAGGACAGCAACCAGCGGAUCACCACCUUGGAGAAAGAGAAUCGGACCAUGGGCAAGGAAAUGAUCUUCUUCAGGGACUCCUGCACCAGAGUCAAAGACUUGGAGAGAGAGAACAAGGAGCUGGUUAAACUGGCCUCCAUUGAUAAGAAGACCCUCAUCACACUCAGAGAGGAGCUGGUGAGUGAGAAGCUGCGGACUCAGCAGAUGAAUAAUGAUCUGGAGAAAUUGACCCAUGAGUUGGAGAAGAUCGGACUGAACAAGGAAAGGCUCCUGCAUGACGAGAGCUCAGACGACAGGUUUAAGCUCCUGGAAACCAAACUGGAGUCGACUCUGAAGUCCUCUUUGGAGAUCAAGGAGGAGAAGAUCGCCGCCCUAGAGGCCAGACUGCAGGAGUCCUCUAACCUCAACCAACAACUUCGCCAGGAGCUCAAGACAGUGAAGAAAAACUAUGAGGGGCUGCGUCAGAGGGAGGAGGAGGAGAGGAUGGUGCAGAGCUCGCCCCCUAGAGGAGGGGAAGAUCCUCAGGCUGUCAGUAAAUGGGAAAAAGAAAGUCAUGAAGCCACCAGGGAACUGCUGAAAGUUAAAGACAGACUCAUUGAAGUGGAGAGGAAUAAUGCCACACUGCAAGCUGAGAAGGCGGCCCUGAGGAGCCAGCUCAAACAACUGGAAACUCAGAGCUCCAACCUGCAGGCUCAGAUAGUGGCUGUGCAGAGACAGACUGCCUCCUUACAGGAGAACAAUACGACUCUACAGACGCAGAACGCCAAGCUGCAGGUUGAGAACUCCACCCUUAGCUCGCAGAGUGCAGCCCUCAUGGCCCAGAACGCCCAGCUGCAGACCCAGCAGAGCAGCGUGGAGGGUGAGCGAGAGGGAGCGCUCAAGGAGAAAGAUGAGCUGAGGGCCACCUACGAGCUGCUCCUCCGCGAUCACGAGAAGCUGGCGGCGCUCCAUGAGAGGCAGGCGGCCGAGUAUGAGGCCCUGAUUGGGAAGCACGGGGGCCUGAAGAGCUCCCACAAGAGCCUGGAGCAGCAGCACAGAGACCUGGAGGACAAGUAUAAGCAGCUCCUGCAGAGGAAGGGGGAGCUGGAGGAGCUGGAGAAAAAUCUGAAGCAGCAGCAGGAAAAAAUGGCGUUGGAGAACGAAACUCACCAAGCCACAGCUGACCACUGCAAACAGCUCAAAGAGGAAAAUGAUAGACUGAACACUACGUAUCGUCAGCUGGUGAAGGACAACGAAAAUCUCCAGCUGGACCAUAAAAACAUAAAGAGCCAGUUGAACAGCGCCACACUGGAGCAGACCAAGCUGGAGGCAGAGUUCUCCAAACUGAAGGAGCAGUACCAGCAGCUGGACAUCACCUCCACCAAGCUGACCAACCAGUGUGAGUUGUUGAGCCAGCUGAAAGGAAACCUGGAGGAGGAGAAUCGUCACCUUUUGGACCAGAUCCAGACUCUGAUGUUACAGAACCGCACGCUGCUGGAGCAGACCAUGGAGAGCAAAGACCUGUUCCAUGUAGAACAGAGACAAUACAUAGACAAGCUGAAUGAGCUGAGGAGACAGAAGGAGAAGCUGGAGGAGAAGAUCAUGGACCAGUACAAGUUCUAUGACCCCUCACCUCCACGCAGGCGUGGCAACUGGAUCACUCUGAAGAUGAGGAAGCUGAUCAAGCCAAAGAGCCGGGAGAGGAUGCGUUCUCUCACGCUGACUCCAUCUCGUUCAGAGUGCGGGGACGGUUUCCUGACCUUUCCCCAAGACAGUCAGGACAGCUCGUCGAUAGGCUCUGGCUCCAACUCUCUGGACGACACACUCUCACAAAAGAGGACCAGCACUAUAAAAAGGUUGCCUUUCAUGAGGAACAGAUCCAAGGACAAAGACAAGGCCAAGGCCAUCUACCGGCGCUCCAUGUCCAUGAAUGACCUGCUGCAGACCAUGGCUGUGGCGGGGGGUCCUGGGGUUCAGUGGGCAGGCAGCAUCGAAAACCUAGAUGGCGCUGAGGGCGGAGACGCCAGGAUGACAGGCAGCAGCAGACACAGCGGGCAGCGCAUGAAGGAGCUCGCUCUCUCCACCAAUGCCAUUGACUGUGCCGCCCUCACCCUGCCCACUGCAGGGCGUAGCAGGGCCAAGCUACGGCUUCAGGUCAAAGAAAACGCGUCCUGUGAAGACGUUGCUGGCUCAUCAGAUGACCCCAAGAGUCAAGGCCUGCAGGUGUAUAGCAGCGCUUUGGCUCAGUAUCCUUCUCCUGUUGAGCUGAGCGCUAUGUGCAGAGUGCCCUGUAGCAUCUGUACCUCCAGACCCACCAGUCUCCAUAGCAACAGGACCACCAGUAGUAAUAGUAACAAUAACUCCCACCUCACUUCUCCUCUGGAGGGCAAAGGCACGUUGAACGGCAGCCUCAGCAGGCCUCACAGUGAGAGCAGCGGAGAGUUCAGCCUGAGUUUGGACCAGGAGGUGUGGUCCAGCAGCGGCAGCAGCCCCGUCCAGCAGCCCACCUCCUCACGCUCCUCCCAUCAGAGCCCCCUGCAGAUGCGCAGGUCCCUCGACCCGUCCACCGCCGCAGGCAACACCGGCCAGACCCAGAUCAGGAAGACGGGAUCUCUGGGCAACGAGGUGCUGUCCCUGCAGCAGUUUCUGGAUGAGGGUAUUGAUCCUGCAGAGUCUGGCAGUCAGGAGAACCUCACUGUAGAUUCUCCUCGCCUCUCCACUUCUUCUGAGCAUGUGCAGAAAGAACGCACUUCAACGAGGGGGCGGGGCAUAUUACGCUCAGCCAGCGGGAAGGCAUCGCUGGUGUCCGAUAGGCCACCGAGAUCCUCGGGACAACCAGGGCGCCCCACCCUGCGGAAGGCAGAGAGCACCCGUGUGAAAGGCUCCGUCCCGAUGCGCUCCAGCCUGUCCUCGCAGGGCAAAGCCACGUCCGUCUGCGAACGCCUGGACUCGGCUUCCUCCACACUGCCCCGGGCCAGCAGCGUCAUCUCCACCGCAGAGGGCACCACGCGGCGCACCAGCAUCCACGACCUGCUGUCGAAGGACAACCGGCAGCCCGUGUCCGUCGACGCCUCUCCUCCCGUCGCGGCCUCCAAGGCUGGUGCACACUCCCAGCCAACACCCAGUGAGUACCACCCCAACAGCACCAACCUAAAGGGACCCCUUACCACCACCAUCCCCCUGCCCAAAUCACACAGCUUACCUUGCCAUAGCUCAGAGGACCCCGAGCUCUCCACCCUCGAGUCUUUCCUCGGCCCCUCCUUCACUGUAGAGUCGGUGUUCAUGGACUCCAUCUUUAGUGAGUCAGCGGGCAAAAACCUCCCCUUCCUGUCUCUUAACCCCACCCUUGUCAGCAACAUCAGUGGGCCCCCUGUUACAAAUAAAGCACACCCUCCUCCGAUCCCGAAUCACAUUUCCACCCAAAACCAGACCCCUCACAGCCAAUCAAACGGCCAGAUGAAAUCCAGCCCCGCCUGCGUGAAAGAGUAUAAUGAGGGCGUUGAUCCCAAUCGUGUGAAUAAUUCGGACCAGUCGCUCAACCCAGAGGACAACCAGUCCCUGUGGUACGAGUACGGGUGUGUGUGAACGACAGGGUGGUUCUGGCUUGCUGAUCUUUCUACCAGACGUGACUUAAGAGAGGAUGGAUAAAUGAAUCCUCCUCCUCUGCAUGUAUUUAUCAGAGCACUAUCUGUUAGUGUGGUGUUUUUGUUUCGUUCUUUUCUGUUUGCCAUGGUGCUGACUGGUGAUUUUUUUGAUUUUUUUUUUUUUUUGUCACCUCCUUUUCUGACCUUUUUUUCUGUCUUGUUCUGUUCUUCUUAAAGUGGGACUUUGAUGAAUGUUUUUCCGUCCAACAAGCCUUUUACCAUCAUUGUUUUACCAUCAAAUCUGUUUAACUGGCUAACACUGUACCAGACUAUUAUCUGCAGUAUUGGGUUUAUGCAUCACAGUUCAGGCUUAGCAUUUCUGUUUAUAGCGUCACUCUUAAAUUAGUAAGAUUUAUAAAAAAAAUUAAGUUCACAUGCUGCUGAAAUGAGCUGAGUCACAGCAGAGUCAAUGAAUAUGCAGCGGAAUCUCUAAAUCUCAGACAUACAGUAGCUGUAGCAUUUUCUUCAUUACAAAACCAAAUUAAAUUUGUCAAUGUGUCAGAUAAUAGAUUGACUUUCCACCUGCUGUUUUAUUUUGAUGUUUCAAUGUAUCGGGGAGUGUCUUUUUCACUGCUUUUAACUCAGUUGCAUUAUCCACUAAACUGCAUGGCUUUGAAACGCUCAUUUUGAUUGCUGUGAUCAAAAUGGUUAUCACUUUUAUCUUCUUUUUGUUUCUUUGAAUGGUGUGUACUGUUUUUGUACAUUUGAAACCUUUUUUUUCUGUAUUUUCUUUUUUAUAUAUAUAUAUAUAUUAACUGGAGCAUUUGCUCUGUGGAUGAUGGGUUUUGAUCUGGUGGAUCUGAACUGACUUCUUGGGCUGGUGACAAAAUGAUGAAGCUUCAUUCCUUAAAUGACCUGAACGACGGGUUUAGUUGGUUAAGUGAAAGUGGAAUAUGAGCAGGGUGAGUUUUAGGCAGUGUUUGAUAGAGUUGGUGAAACAGUGAGACAUUAUAGUAAGUAGAGAAGAGUUUGCAGGGCUCAGAUUGUUUUUGUGAAUGAAGCUAACAUCAUUUCAUGUGGGAUUUUGAAACUUUGCAUGCCAACGCACCGCAACUUCAGAAUGGAUAUUUAAUUAUGUAUUUUGGACUGACAGGAUCUUGUACAGAUUGUUGUAAUCAUUAAGUUAUAAUCAAAGACGAGCACUGCUUAUUGUGCCAGUACUAGUAGACCUGUCCACCUCUAGAUCCUUAUUUAUUUCUGCUUUUGUACUCAGUAGUUGCUGUUUUUAAGUUUCCUUAUUAUAUUUAUAUUAAUCUACAGUAUUAUGCAGGUAUGAAUUUUCUUGUCACUGUCUACAGAUGUAACAUAAACGUUGCCUUUGUCCUACAGAUGUGGAGGGCAGAAAGUCUAAAAGCAGGAGUGGGGAGCCGCAGCAAAGCUGCUAAACCUCCCCCCCCCACCCUCGUCUGUCUGCUACCAUGCUGUGAGCGCGUGGUGAGUGAGCGCUGCUCGAGUGGGAGGAAGAGGGGUGGAGGGGAUGGGGGUUCGGUCUUGUCUCCAUGGGAACCUAAAACAUGGUGUAACAGAUGUCGUCCAUCCUGCCGUGCACUUGCCUCCCCUGCUUCUCUAAGCUGUUACCCCAAAGUCCACGCCCCCCCUCCCUCCCCUCCCUCACUGUCCUGUCCGUCGCCCCGCUGUCCCUGUGGUGCCAAACGCCUGUUCAGAGCCUGACGAGACCCCGGUCUGCAUGGCAUCCGGGUCGUUUUACCACGGUGCUCUGAGUGGGUGAAUGCUUUGCCUGUUUCGAGUCCUGCAGCUCACCUCAUCUCUCCCCUCACGACGCCCCUCGUGUUGUUUGUAAAGGUGAUUGCUGAGUGUCUCCUACUGGUGAAAAACGUCGCUGUUUUCAGGCUGCUUACUGUUGCCGCAGUGCUGCAUGGCUUCGGUGUAGCGCUGAAAUCCUUCCCCCCUUCUCCUUCCCUCGACCACGCAUGUAGAUCCAGGCUGGCUGCUUCCCUCUGUCUCCUCUCGUUCAUGACUUACUGUGUUAAAUGAUACAGUUUCUGACUUUUAACCUUCUUUCUCUCUUUUUCCUUCCUGUCUUCCUUUGUGUUUUUGUAUUUUUCUAAUCUGUCUGUUUUUCUUUCUUUUCUUAAUCUUUCCACUCUUCUUUGCUUGCCUGGGACUCAGAGAGAGAAAGGUGGCCUUGAAGCUGUGUGUCUGAAGCCUAGUAGAGUUAAUCUGCUGAGACCGUCUACAGUGAGGAAAGAUUGUAUAUCCCAGUCCCCCCCCCCCCCGACCCCCUUUUUUGUUUUUAAAUCCAGGACACUUCAGUAGAGAAAAGUGGCUUCCUUCUCUGUUUUGUUUUUCUUCCUUGAAUCAAGGAAACAACAGAAAAAUACUCUAGAAAAUGUUGCGGUGACUUUUUUUUUUUUUUUUUCUAUAAAGACUGCUGCGGCACAUUGCACUGCCAUGUGUCCUUCAGUGUGACGGACUGCUAGACGUGCACUAGUCUCCACGGACUAAGAUUAAAGUGCCAACGUUCACACAACAGCCAAAAAGGGCGAUCUUAAACCAGACUCUUGACGACUCCACUUUGGGUCUUCUGUGCAACUUUAAAAAUCAGCCGGACCUUCUUCUGCCCAAAGGAAUGAAUCUUUUUGUAAAGGGGGGCAGCGUGCACAAGCAAAGACUGACACACACACACACAGUCCGGCUCGUACAGAACAUUUUCAGCAUAAGCAUGUCAACACAAACAUCUCCAACUCAACCUGCUAUCAGACUUGAAGAAUCACAAUCUGCAUGGAGCAAUCAAUCAGCCAAUCAAACCCCUACUUCCCUCUCUGUCCAAUCAAAGAGGAGGACACCGUUCUGUGGGGAUUUUACUUGCCAGGGAUGCCAAAACGACUUGGACGGGAAGCCAUGAUAGCUGUGUGAUUGGCUGCCAAUUAUGAGUGGAGGUUGUGUGAUCUGAGAGAGAAAGAGAGAGACUGAUGACUGGAGCGUUCCAGGUCACCUAUAUGACAGUCGGCAGCCGUUGCUCAUGCCACCACAGAGACACCCUGAAACAAACCCUACAUACUGUACUGUUCAUCUUAGCUUGACUCAUGUAUCAUUAUAGAUCACACUAAAUCAUCUCAUUAUAUCGCUUCCCAUCCUGCUCAGUAACAGCACACUUUCUGUAUAUGAACUUUCUGGAGUAUAGGUGACCUGUAACCUGCCCGGCAAACGCAGAACGUGCAGAUUUCUGUUGCUUGUGAUGAUGAGACCCAGUGUUUUCCUCCUUUUCCACUUUUACAUAAAUCCAUUUGAUGUAAUUAAAAUUCAUCAAGAGAA